AUGUGUCUAACCCUGAGGAAGAUUCGCUCUGUAGAGGAGCAGAUCGACAUCCUCAACAAGAAGCUUUCAAUAGCGAAACAACAGGAGGAUACCUUGCUCAGGGAGAUGGAUGUGACAGGCCAGGAUGUUGAGGACAUGCAGGAGCAAAACAUCCGACUAAUGCAGCAGCUCAGGGAGAAGGACGAAGCCAACUUCAAACUGAGGGAAGAGGACUACCCUCUUGAAUACCAACCUAGGCUUGUCUCCGGUGGCGGGCAUGGCGUAAUCCUGGGCGGGGACAGCGUUCCCUGGCGAGGCGGGUCACGACCGGCAGAGGCCGAUAUGAAGCGUUCCAACAGCCCCGGCUGGCUGGGUAACAGCCUCCCUCGCAGGAGUCAGGGUGAGGAGGAGGGAGAGGAAGGGGAGAAGGAGACCGUGGCAGGACACAGAGCUAAGCGGGAGCGUCGCCAGGGCAGAAGCAGCACCACACUGUGCAAGGUGUGCAACAUUCAGCUAAACUCUUGUGCCCAGGCCCAGAUCCACUACAAGGGCAAGACCCACCAGAGGAGACUACGCCACCUAACCAGGGCUGCCAGCACAGGUACGCAGUCCAGGGUCCAGGCCCACCCACUGCUGGCCUCCCUGCCUCUCCCGGGACGACCUCUCCAACCGCAGACCCACCCCCAACUGGAGCUCAAACAUUUCUUGCCCCUUAGAAUCAAUGGCUCCUCACCCUUCAACCUCUUCCCCAAUUUCAACACGAUGGACCCAGUACAGAAGGCUGUGAUCAACCACACCUUUGGUAUGGCUCCACCCAAGAAGAAACCCAUCAUCUCCUGUAACAUCUGUCACCUGCGCUUCAACUCCACUAAUCAGGCAGAGGCCCACUACAAGGGUCACAAGCAUGCUCGCAAGCUAAAGGCCUUGGGCACACAGAGGAACAGUCAUAGGAACAGACAGAGGACUGGGCAGAGUCCCUCUACUUCAGGGAGCAACAGAGAGGGAGGAGAAAGAGAGACAAAGAGGACAGGAGGUGGAGGAAGGCCACUGACGGACGCACAUCCGACAGAUGUAACAGGCCAGAGCUCCUCUCCACAACCGGCACCACUACAAGCAGAACACAACCAUAAGAGCUUGUUGGCAGCCACUCCGCCCUCACAGCCCUCGCCAUUUGACAGCUCCUCGCUCCUCUCCCCUGAACCAUCCCCACAGGUCUUGCCUGACUCACAUCUCUCCGAGCAAACAUCCGACUGUGCGCCAAAGGAAGGCUGCGGCCCAGAGCCCAGUCCAGCGCCACAGUCUGACCCUCAGGGGAACUCAACAGGAGGGGAGGAGGAGGGGAAGGAGGUGCAGGGGGCUAAGGAGGCCAAAAAGAGCAACACCAAGCAGCAUCUCCACUGCCCUGUGUGCAAAGUGACAGUCAACUCCAGCUCCCAGCUGAAAGCACACUGCAGUGGCUCCAGGCACAAGCAGAUGUUAGAUGGCCAGAGUUGCAGCCAGCCACAACGCAGGAUCAAGGUAACGCCGCCGCCCCGGCUCGCCUGCCGCAAUAAGCAGCGAAUGGGCAGCAAGAGCAGAGCAGGGGUGGGUUUGUCCAGCCAGCCCUUCCACUGUGAGUUGUGCCAGCUGUCGGUCAACUCGGAGACACAGCUAAAACAGCACUUGAACAGCAGGAGGCACAAAGAGCGUUUGGCGGGGAGGCCUAUCAAGCCAAAGUUCAGCCCUUACUCCAAAAUCCAGCCCAGCACUAUCUUAGCGACCAAAUUGGCCCUGCAGAAGCAGCUGUCCAAGGCCCUGCCGGCAGGGUUCCUAGCCAGUCCCUUCAACCCAGCCACUCUGUGCACCAUGGCUGCUGGACCCCUAGCCUUGAGGCCUUCACCCGGCCCAGCAUCCAUCCUCCAAGGCCCUCUAAUCAGCCCCACACUCUUCAGGCCUGCACCUGGACCACUGAAAGCCACACAUACACACGUUAUUUUCUCACCCUACUAACUAUUAGCCUUCUGUCUAUGACCCUAGCCACACUGGAAAUCCUGAGGUUGCAGUCUUGUCUAGUCAAGCUACAUCUAACCUAGCCGAUUUGGACAUGCACUUUAAAUUGGCCAAGCUUACUGAGUGACUUAAGUGUCAUAAUGACACCAUGCAGCAACAGUGAGAGCAGCAUAUUAGCAUGUCCAAAUCGGCAGGUUCAGGUCAUGAGGUGAGAACUAAAAAAAAAAAUUGAAAAAAAUAAAAAAUCUUGUUGUGGAUGGAA